AUGAAUCACUACCCGGAUCACUUAUCGUAUGCACAUCGCUAUAAUGAUAAAGAUUAUGACAAAUCCAUUUCAAUAAUAGAGGUGAUCUGUAUGGAUCAAAGCUUCACUGAAUGGCGUCAAGCUUGCAAGUUUUCGGCUUUUCGGCCAUUUGCCAUGUUGAAGUCAGCAGCAACUGCACGGCUGUUCCACCGCUGCUGCAAGAACUCUUCAAACCGUUUCACUUCUCGACCUCCUGUACUUUCGUUAGCAGUGCCAUCACCAAUCUGGCUAGCUCUAAACUUACUUCUGAUAACAUCAGCUACAACACAGUUCAGUUCCACCAGAUCACAAUCACAACCACGAUCAUUAGAUACCGACCAAUGUCAGACUGAUAUUCCCGGUGAUUGUAAUCCAUACUCAUGUCGUGGCACUUGUGAAGGACGAUAUGUUCGAUUUUGGAAUAGCAAGCUAAAAAUUGAUCGAACUAUAAAAAGUUGUCAUUGUGUGCAGGAACCAAUAUGUAGCUUAAUCGGAAUGAAUGCUUACGCCGGUUGUCGAACUUAUACAAUGCUCUCUACAACAGCACAACGAUUCAUCCGAUUAUGGACGAUGAGCGAUACGGAAAAGUCGGAUAAUCAGCGAUCCUCACUUUUUCCCUUCCCUUUUGAUCGUUCUUGGGAUCGAUUACGACAUAAUCAAUUACUUAAUGCUAAUUCUAAAUUUUGCUGUCGCACAGCCAAUAUUACUUUUUCGGGUUCUAUUAUUUUUCGUUACAAAUCGUUAUCAAUUUUGCUUCCAAUUUCAUUUGCUUUAUUUUUGUAA